AGUAGAGAUAGGAGUAUGGAUAAUAGCGUUGUGCAAAUUAGUUGGUGGGUUGGACCUACAGGUUUCCCAUGCCGAGUCGCAGCCUGUUGUUCUCCUUGGGAGACUUCUAGGGAAGUUGCUCUUUUUCACUUCUGUGGAACAGACGCUGAUCUAUGUACAGAGGGACAACAGAAACAGCUCACCGUUAUGCUGGGCCUGGCUCCAUUUCUGCUCUCUUUCCUAUGCAACUGUCUUCCUGUUUCCUCUGUCCCAUCUUUUCUCAGGCCCAAUGUCACCUUCAACCACAUGGCACGUGAUCCCACUUCAGGCUUCAUCUACAUUGGGGCCGUCAACUGGAUUUUCCAACUCUCCUCUGAUUUACAACUUCUCCUUGAGGACUCCACAGGCCCAAGAGAAGACAGCCCAGAGUGCCUUCCAUUUAAGGAUCUUAAGGACUGUCGUCAAGCCACUCUGACUCCCAACACUAACAAGUUGCUGGCGGUCAACACUCAUGGUGGCGAACUAAUAACCUGUGGUCAAGUCUUUCAAGGCAUCUGUGAGAAAAGGAGGUUAAGUAACAUCUCUGACAUUAUAUUUCAGACAAUAGAUCCAGGGGACAAUCAAUUUGUAGCUGCCAAUGACCCCAAAGUUACAACAGUGGGAAUAGUGGAAGGGCCAUCAGAAAAUCAUCAACUUUUGUUUGUCGGACGGGGGCUGACGGCCAGGUUGUCAAGUGGAAUACCCCCUAUAACAAUAAGGCAGCUAGAAAAGACCCCUGUAUUCUCUAACGAGGGUCUUGGGAAACUAGUAGUGGGGGACUUUUCAGAUUACAACAAUACCUUUGUGGGUAUUUUCUCCAAUAAUGGUCAUGUCUACUUUUUGUUUUUCCGGCGAGGUUCAAAGUCCCAAAUGGAUUACAAUACCUACCUAGGCAGUGUUUGCACUGGGGAUGUCCACCUCUACUCUUACGUUGAGGUGCCUCUUGUGUGCCAAGGAGGCUACAACCUGGCACAAGCUGCUUAUCUGGAGACAGGGAACAGGGAACUCUUUGUAGUCUUUGCAGCCAGUCAAGGUCCAACCCCAAAUCCCAGUAGUAGGACAGCUCUCUGCUCUUACAAAAUGGUGGACAUAGAGUCGAGGAUAGAGAAUGCUCGAGAGAUGUGCUACACAAAUGCCGGCAUGGGAAAUGACAAGGAAGAAGCUGUAAUUGAGUAUGGAGUCAAUUCUAAGUGUGGAAAGCUUUCCAAGGAUACCCCUCAGUUGUUCCAGUGUGGUGGGGAGCACACCCCAAGCCCUAUAGCCAGUCGAGUUCCAGUUGAAGCCACGCCACUGCUUAAGGAUCUUUCCAGUCUCACUGCUGUGGCAGCAUUGGCAGAAGACACUUAUACCAUCGCCUUUCUGGGAGAUGCUGCUGGAAAUAUUCACAAAGUAUUUGUGUCCUCGGAUACCGGAGCCGUAUACAGUACAGUGACAUCUUUACUAGGGUCUCCCGUCAACCCUGACCUCAUUCUAGAUGGCGUUGCAAAGCAACUCUACAUUAUGACAGAAUCAAAGGUCACCAAGAUGCCUGUUGCUGAAUGUUCCACGUUUUCUUCCUGUGACUCCUGUUUGGCGGCUAGGGACCCUUUUUGUGGCUGGUGUGUCCUGCAAGGAAGGUGCAUGGCAAAACAGCAGUGCGUGGACUACACCGAGGAGAACCACUAUUUGUGGAGCUACGAUAAAGAGGCAACAUGUUUAGCGAUUGAAGACAUCACUCCAGCCAACCAGAGUCGAACUCAGCAGAGACUGGUCACACUGACAGUGCCUGGGUUGCCUUCUGUGGAAGAACAGAGCAGCUGGAAAUGCCUAUUUGAUGACAUAUCUAAUGAAGCUAUUGUGCAUGGCAGCCAUGUCACCUGCUGGACACCCUUGCCAAAUGUGCUGCCCCCCAAUCAGCCAGGGAAAGAUCACGUGGUAAUGCGGCUAGCUCUUCUAUUCGAGAACAUCACCAUAGCAGAGAUGAAUUUUUCAUUCUAUGACUGUGAGGCUGUAAUGAAAUUGGUUGUUAAUGCCCCGUGUGCCGGAUGUGUAAAUAGCCAGUGGGAAUGCCACUGGUGCGUGAAUGAUUAUCGCUGCAUUCAUGAUACACAAAACUGCAGCCAAGACCAAGUGAUCAUAUUCAACCAAAGACUGGGUGGUCCUGAUGCUUGCCCAAGAAUAGAGAGUGUUGAUGGGUCGACAUUGAUCCCUGUUGGGGUUGAGAGAGAACUGGAUCUUAUUGGACGUAAUUUACAACUACUUAAGGAGGAGGUUCUAGGUUAUAGCUGUGUGAUUGAUGCCCAUGGCACCACAACAACGCUGCCUGCACAAAUUGAGAAUGUGACUGGAGAAAAAGAUGUUUUUCAAGUGCACUGCCAGACACACAAGUUUGAGUAUUCAUUACGUACGCUGGAGCAUCAGGUUACCAUUUAUGUUAUGACGGGCGAUGGCCAUCGAGUGGAUGAUAAAGAAGACAUUCAGGUGGUUUUGUACAACUGCUCAGUUGGACAGUCUGACUGCAGUCGCUGUCAAGCCUUGCAUAAUCAGUACAACUGUGUGUGGUGCACCAAGAUGGAAGGUGAAGCCUGUCUGCAUGAGAGUGAGUGCCAGCAUAGCGCCAUGGACACGUGUCCCACACCGACGAUCUAUUCGUUUUCUCCAAUGACCGGUAUCAUUCAGGGUGGGACCACAAUCACUAUCACCGGAGCCAACAUGGGACAGAAAGCAGAAGAUGUGUCCGUCAAAGUGGCCAGCCACCCUUGUACCCUGUUGCCGGAUCUUUACAUUAUUUCGAAUAGAAUUGUUUGCACUCUGUCUGCCAGCAAUGCUGAAGAGUCUGGGCCUGUAGAGGUUUAUGUGGACGCACUGCAACCAGGGGUUUCAGUAGAGCAUUUCACUUACCAGGAUCCUGUGCUGCAAUCACUGCAUCCCCUGCAAGGGCCCAUAGCUGGUGGAACGCUGAUAACCAUCACUGGUUCCAAGCUCUUAACAGGAGAUCUGAUUAACAUUACCGUGGGAGAUAUUCCCUGUAAAAUACCAAAUGGUGGAGUAGCAGAAGGGGAGAUACACUGUGUCACAGGUGCCAGUUCAGUCCUAGAGGAGCUGCCAGUUAGUGUGUUUUAUGGAAGUGCAAAACGAAUCUUGGAAGACACAAAAUACAGCUAUACAGAGAACCCAACCAUCUCAUUGGUGUACCCCUCUAGAUGCUUCUAUGGAGGUGGGCGAGUUAUCUGGGUGGAAGGUACAAACUUGGAUGUGGUGAAGACCCCAGUCAUGACUGUCUUGGCCAAGCUAUCUUCCAAAGAGCUUGGAGAGGACGAUGGUAGUGCUAGAAGGAAAAGGAGAAAGAGGUGGGGGAGGAGAGCACUAGAUCAUGAAGGCAUAAAAGAGUUUAGUGGGCCAUGCUCCCUCAAUUCCUCCUCACUUCUGAAGUGUUUCUCCCCAAGCAUCAGUGAAACUUUUGAACUUGUGGAUGUGCUGUUUAUCCUGGACAACUUAAGGAUACCAUUCAGUAGCACUAGGGAGAACUUUACUUAUAUCAAAAACCCAACAUUCAAACCUUUGAACAGAGAAAGUCCAAGCAAACCAUAUAAUCUGAAACCUGGGAACGUUCUUGAUAUUGAGGGGGAAGGACUAGAUUAUGGGAUUAGUAAACAAGAAGUUGGUGCAACAAUAGGAAAUGGCAUCUGUAUUGUAAAAACUCUGACCCACAAUCAUCUGUAUUGCGAGCCUCCACCCGAAUCACCACAACCAUUGGACUUGAGCACAUCUCUGCCUGAGUUUGUGGUGCAUAUGGGAAACCUUCAAUUCAAUCUUGGACAAGUGAAAUAUGAUGUAGAUGGACAAACUGCUUUUCCUAAGGAAGCCAAAAUUGGAUUGGCAGUUGUAGCCACUCUUCUUGUCCCUAUUGUGCUAAUAAUCAUUUAUAUGUACAGAAGGCAAAGUAAGAUGGCCAUGAGAGACUACAAGAAAGUCCUUGUCCAACUUGAGAACCUGGAGACCCGUGUAGGAGAUCAGUGUCGAAAGGAAUUUACUGAUUUAAUGACUGAAAUGAUGGAUCUCAGCAGUGAACUUGAAGGUUCUGGAAUUCCCUUUCUGGAUUAUAAAACAUAUGUUGAAAGGAUCUUCUUCCCUGUAAACAUUGAUUCCCCAAUCCCAAAAAGCUUGGAUGUUCCAGCAGGGAGAAGGAGCACUGUAGAACAAGGCCUUACACAGCUGUCCAACCUCCUCAAUAACAAGCUUUUCCUUACCAAGCUAAUAGAAACCCUAGAUGCCCAGCUCACACUUUCCCAGCGGGACCGAUGCCAUGCUGCUUCUCUGCUCACUGUGGCGCUGCACGGAAAAUUGGAGUAUCUUACAGAUGUCAUGAAAACGCUGCUGGCUAAUCUGAUAGACCAGUGUGUGGCCAAGAACCCAAAGCUCUUGUUUCGCAGGACAGAGACUAUAGUUGAGAAACUUCUAACCAACUGGAUGUCUAUCUGUCUCCAGACAGACCUGCGGGAAGCAGCUGCAGAGCCUCUGUACAUGUUAUAUUGUGCCAUUAAGUACCAAGUGGAUAAAGGUCCAGUGGAUGCAGUGACGGGCAAGGCAAAGCGUACCCUAAAUGACUGUCACUUGUUACGGGAGGACAUAGACUACCACCCCAUGACGCUUACGGUGAUAGUGAAGAGUGGGCGAGAGACCCACCAUGUGCCUGUGAGAGUGCUUGAUACAGACACAAUCACCCAGGUCAAACAAAAGAUCCUGAACCAAGUGUACAAAGGAACCCCAUUUUCACAGAGGCCGGCAGCUACCACUCUAGACUUAGAGUGGCGUUCUGGAAACGCUGGCCAUUUGACUUUGUCUGACGAGGACCUGACAUCGUUAAUUCAGGAUCAGUGGAAGAGGUUGAACACACUGCACCAUUACAAAGUUCCUGAUAAUGCAACAGUGGCUCUCAUUCCAAGGUUGCACAAUAACCAGUGUGAGACUCCAAGCAACAGUUUCAUUGGUGGAGAAAAGACUCCAAUGUUGGAAGAUGGAGACGAAGGGGGUAUUAGAACCUGGCACCUUGUGAAACCUGUGGAGGAACCAGAGGUUUUCAAGAAUCGCAAAAGUAGCCUGCGAGAGCGAGAACGUGCCAAGGCGAUACCAGAAAUCUUCUUGACCCGGCUACUGUCUAUGAAGGGCACACUUCAGAAGUUUGUGGAUGAUGCAUUCCAGGUGAUGUUGGGAGUUAACCGACAGGUGCCUAUUGCUAUCAAGUAUUUCUUUGAUUUUCUUGAUGAGAUGGCAGAGAAGCAUGAGAUCACUGAUGCAGAGACUGUACACAUCUGGAAGACUAACAGCCUCAUGUUACGGUUUUGGGUACUAAUUCUGAAAAACCCUCAGAUGGUGUUCGAUGUUGAGGUAUCGGAGAAUGUGGAUUCCAUCCUGGCCGUCAUAGCUCAGACUUUCAUUGACUCCUGCACCAUCUCUGAGCACAAAGUGGGGAGGGACUCUCCUGUCAACAAACUUCUAUAUGCAAGGGAAAUCCCACGAUAUAAACAACUGGUUGAAAACUACUAUGCUGACAUCAAAAAGACAGCUGCUGCCAGCUACCAAGAAAUGAAUUCCUUCCUUACAGAGCAGUCAGGGGUUCAUUCAACCGAACUCAACUCCCUGGUUGCUUUGCAAGAGCUUUAUAACUACAUCAACAAGUACUAUGAUCAGAUUAGUUCAGCCCUGGAGGAAGAUCCUAAUGGGCAGAAGAUGCAACUGGCUUACCGCCUUCAGCAGAUCUCGGCUCUGGUAGAAAACAAAGUAACUGAUCUGUGAUGCUCUGCGGAUACACUUGAUGGACCCACUGUUGUAUACUCAAAUCCACAUGCGUGGAGGAGAACCAAGAGAGAUCACGGACUAUGGGCUCCAUCACCUAAUCAGAUGUAGUUCCACAAUGUGUUUGGGGUUUUCCCAUCUCAAGCCAUACCUAGAGACUGCUCACUGCAGCAUAUUAUGCUUUUGGGAGGUUUGGCACCUUCUAUUGUUGGAAUUUGGGACACAGCACUUAGUCGAAUAAGUUUGCGCAACCUUUCCCCCCUCCCAGAACUGUUCGCUCUUAUUGGCUGUUCGGCCACUGGAAGUUUAUAAGUGCCUUAAUGUAACAGACAAGCUGUUUUAACCUGAUGUGCUUCUGUCUGUACUGUAUUUGUCAAAUCACAUGGUGAGACUGCAUUUUAGGCGUGUGUACAGUCCCAGUGAUAUUGUUAAUGAUUCUUUCUGUUUUUAUGUUGUACAUUGCUUAUUUGAGAACUCUCUGCUGUGGCUGGCUGUGCCAGUUGGGAAGGAGCGGAUGCAGCGCUUUAUCUUUUAGAAAGAGGAAUUGAAAUAAACUGGGAGUGGCAGUGAUCUGCUGAGUACAAGGGUGCAUGUGGUGUACAUGGAAUUUCUGUUUAUUGUGCCCAGUUGCUGCUUGGAUUGCUGUCUCAAGGUGCCAAGACUGUACAGUAUGUGAACAAAAGGAUGCUCACAAUAGAGAUAAUGCAGCUGUCUGUCCAGACAGCCAUGUAUAGCUUUUCCUAAAUUAUGCAAAAGCUGUAAAUAAAUGUAUUUAUUGUUCUUUUUACGCUCAGUGGUUUGCAAAUAAAAAGUGAUCUUUUUUGAAAAGAAA